AUGCUGUACACGAACCCGCAUGGCAUUCAGGUAUUCCUCCUGCUGAACAGUUCCUACCUGAUGAACAGCAUAAGAACAAGCAUGAAAAAGACUUCACACACUUCUGUUGAAUACAUCCCACCUGGUGAACACUAUGGAGACUUGUAUUCGUGUGUAACAUCUCCAAGUCCUUUUGAACAGAUCACACACGAGUCAGUGUUCUACGGUGCAUCUGUCACUCCACGCUUGACAUCCUACAGGUGGCAUAUGACGGGGCGUGUCACCUCGCAGGUCGCAGAGAACCACUUAGUAAAGGGAGGUUAUAAGGUGCUGGUUAUAACGGGGCUAUUCAACUGCCGUCUGUUCAACAGGUGGCGUGGCAGCGUGUUCAAGUUAAUAUGGCCGGACCUGAUCGUCUACCUGGUACUCUACGGUAUGGUGUCCCUCGUCUACAGGUUCGCCCUCAGUGAGGAACAGAAGAGAAUCUUCGAGAAAAUGGCCCUAUCCUGCGAAUACUUCCGGAACGUCUUCCCCAUCUCGUUCGUGCUCGGCUUCUACGUGACGAUCGUGGUCCAGCGCUGGUGGGCUCAGUACAUGCUCAUUCCGUGGCCGGACACCAUCUGCCUCCUCGCCAACACGUAUAUACAGGGACAGGACGACCGAGCAAGGAUGAUAAGGAAGAAUUUCGCUCGCUACAUCAACCUCGCCUUCGCUCUCUCCUUCUCCAGGAUCUCCCCUCGCGUGGCUCGUCGGUUCCCCACGUAUCAGCACUUCAUCGAGGCAGCCAGGUCCCUAUUUCUCUCAGAUAUCCGCGUGGGUGAUAAUUUUCAUCUGAGAGUGUCGUGGGAGGUGGUGACUAUGGCUACGUAUUCCUACUUCGGCUUCGCGAUCCUCGGCCGGCAGUUCCUGGACACCUCCCAGGGCUACGAGAAACACAAGAUUGAUUUCUACGUCCCGAUCUUCACAUUACUGCAGUUCAUCUUCUACGUCGGUUGGCUCAAGGUGGCCGAGUCGCUGCUCAACCCUUUCGGAGACGAUGACGACGACUUCGACACGUGCGACUUCCUCGAUCGGCAUUUCGAGGUAUCCUACAUGAUCGUGGACGUGAUGCACAAGUCGUACCCGGAGACCCUGAACAAUUACUGGGACAACAGCUCCUUCCAACUAGCCACUGUAUCCAGCGCCUGCGACCAUCAAGGCUACAAGAACAGUUCCCACAGCAAGAAGUCCCAGAAUUCACAGAAGAAUAGCAAGCAGGAGAAAUUGUCCCCGGUGAUUAAGUAUUACAUGGAGUCGCCUGGCACACCAUCACCCCGAGGCCUCCAGUCCCCGUCCGCCGCUACCCCACGCACCAGGGGCCAGAGAUCACGGUGUAACCAGACGUACAACCGAGUGAACGCGUGUGUUGGGACCCAGGACGACCUCCCUCCGUCCGCGGUGACCCCGAACGACCAUCCCCCCUCGGGCUCCCCUGGGUCCCUCCACACCACGAGGGUCUACAUCCCCGCCAUCAACGACCACCUGGGGGGACACGACGGGGCCCUUGACGCGACCCCCGUCAGCAGGGACCUCCCCGACCACCCCGAGGACGACCCCGAGAUCAGUACCGUGUCGAGGUCAUGUUCCCACCAGUACACUAACGGGGGUUUCCUGUCGAAGUGACCUUCACUGCCCUCGUUCUCGCUCCCGCCCGCGCCGGCCCGAGUGGGGAGGGCCAACUCCACCUCCGGCCAUCCUCGCAGGGGGGGGAAGCCGGAACGAGGCGAGAGAAGGGCCCCCGUGGCGUCGCCCACUCGUCCUCACUUCGGUCCGGGGGCGGGUCGUGACGUCAUGCCGCUCCCCUCACCCUCUCCUAUGAGGUGGUGAUGCGCCUCUCCUGCCCAUUCCCUACCCCUCCCC